UGACGCAGCGACGAGUUCCCCUUGUGUUUCCUGUGUUCCCUUUUGCUGCAGGUCGGGUAGCGGAACCGAGUCGAGCGCAAGUCGCCGGAUCUGGGCCGAAAGUCCGCAGAACGAAACGGGUUGACAGCGGCCCCAGUGGUCUCUAAUUCCUUGGCAAACCAGAUCAGGAAAAGAGAACCCAAUGAGUGACGGGGGGUGGGACUUCUUCUGCUUCUUCCGCUGCUGCUGCUGUUGAGUCGCCGAGGCCGCUGGGAAUUGUAGUCCCUGUGCCCCGGGGGUGUGGUUUGUAGUUUUGUCUUGUGCGCCGUGUGUGUGUGAGCGAGUGAUGUCCGUGGACAUGAACAGCCAGGCCUCCGACAGCAACGAGGAAGACUUCGGUGCCAACUCCGAGGAAGAGGAGGAGGAGGAGGAAGGGGGCGAGGAGGAGGAGGAGACGGGCGACAUCGCAGAUUAUUACGAAGGAGUGGCCAGCGACGUGGAGCAGCAGGGCGCCGAUUCGUUCGAUCCAGAAGAAUACCAGUUCACUUGUCUGACCUACAGGGAGAGCCAGCGAGUGCUAGCUGAGGAGGUCAACACUGUGGCUAUAGCACUGAAGGUUCUGCCUGCUGUUGCAAAACUGGUGCUUGUUCAUUUCCACUGGCAGGUUUCCGAAAUACUGGACAGGUUCAAGUCCAAUUCGUCCCAGCUGCUGUGUGAGGCUCGAGUUCAGCCCGGAGCCUGUAAAUCUCUCCCUCCCCAGUCCCCGCAGUGCGGCGUGUGUCUGCAGCUCGUCCGCCAGGACUCCCUGCUCGCCCUGCCCUGUCAGCACGCCUUCUGCAAGGCAUGCUGGGAGCAGCACUGCACCGUGCUCGUGAAGGAUGGCGUGGGCGUGGGUAUCUCGUGUAUGGCCCAGGACUGUGCCCUGCGGAUGCCCGAGGACUUCGUGUUCCCUCUGCUGCCGAGCGAGGAGCUGAAGGACAAAUACAGACGCUACCUCUUCAGAGACUACGUCGAGAGUCAUUUCCAGCUGCAGCUGUGUCCGGGGGCGGACUGCCCCAUCGUGAUCCAGGUCCAGGAGCCGCUGGCCCGCCGGGUCCAGUGCAGCCGCUGCAGCGAGGUCUUCUGCUUCAAGUGCCGCCAGAUGUACCACGCCCCCACAGACUGCGCCACGAUACGGAAGUGGCUGACAAAAUGCGCCGACGACUCGGAGACGGCGAACUACAUCAGUGCGCACACUAAAGACUGUCCUAAGUGCAAUAUCUGCAUUGAGAAAAAUGGAGGCUGCAACCAUAUGCAAUGCUCCAAGUGCAAGCAUGAUUUCUGCUGGAUGUGCCUGGGGGACUGGAAGACCCACGGCAGCGAGUAUUAUGAGUGCAGCCGCUACAAGGAGAACCCAGACAUCGUGAACCAGAGCCAGCAGGCCCAGGCCCGCGAAGCCCUCAAG